ACGAAACUAAAUAAAACCUAAAGAAAAACACCUGGGGGCCUGCCCUAUUCAUUUAAACAGUCCGUCACCGUCACCGUCGCCGGCGCCACCACCUCGAUUCCUACACUCGGUGCUUCUAUCCUUCAGAUCUCGUGCCACUGGAUCUGUCUUAAUGAUACAGAUUUUGUGCAGCAAUGCCUAGUAAUAAACGUUUGAAAGUUACAGCAUCCACUACAGAGAAAUCAAGCUUAGCUGUGCCACCAUUGCGUAGCAGUGCCCAGCCUAUUCCACCAUCCUGCAGUGAUCUUUGUCCAGUACUUCCAGCCCGGAAGGAUCCCCAUUCAUCACUGCCAACUCCUGGUGAUGCUCGUUCAUUACCACUAGUCUUUGAAAGUGGUGUUCAUCAUCCGCUUGGAUCUAGUUCUGUUCCGUGUCAUCAGUUGAUUAAUUCAGAUGAUGAUGCUGAAUCAUUUGAUGAACAUGUGGGCAUCACAAGUUGCAGCAGUCGUAAGAAUAAUGACUAUUGGAAGGUUAAUGUUAUUGAUCAACAUAAUGUAAUAGAAGAAGCUAAACUAAAGGUUGAUGAUGUUUUGCCACUCCCUGCGGGUAGAAAGGUGAUACUUACAUGCAAUGAGCACUUGCAACCAAUUGGUGAUGCGGGUGGCCUCUUAAGCGGCUUUUUAGGAAUUUUGGGAAGUGACUAUAAGAAAUUUCCUAUAUAUUUUUUGUCUUGGCGUAAGGUCCCCAGAAAAGAUGAUGUGUACAAUGACAUUAUAAAGAGGAAGUUUCAUUUUGUGGAUGUGGAGAACAAGAUAAAACGAUAUAUGCUGAAGAAUCUAGGAAAGGUGUGGAAGGAUACAAGGCAUAGGCUAUUUCACCAAUUUUACGAUGGUACUUUGAGCAUUGAAGAAAACAUUGCAAGGCGUCCUUCUAGAAUUGAUGAAAAUCAUUGGAGAUGGUUCAUUGACUAUCGCUUGUCAAAGAAAACACGGGAGAUAUGCAAGAAAAAUGCUGAAAAUAGGAAAAAACAAUUAUUCACCCAUACUGGUGGUUCAAAAAGCAUAGCAAGGAGGAAAGAUGAAGAGGAACGACAAUGUGGGAGGCGCAUUAGUAGAGGAGAGAUGUGGACUAUAGUGCACAAGAGAAAGGAUGGCUCUUAUAUCCAUAGCGAAGCUCAGGUUAUUGGUGAAAAAAUUACAAGUAUUGAGCGUGAUGACGCCUCCUCCAAAGCAUUAUCCCAAAAUGAUUCACUUUUUCAAGCUCUUGGAAAGGAGCACUUGGGUCGUGUUCGAGGUGUAGGUUCUGGGCCAUGUCCUACUCAACUAUUUGGUCAAAGUACACAUCAAUUGGGUGGAAUGUCUUUAAAUUCAUCAGUUAAUCAUGACAUUCAAAUAGAGAUGAAUGAAAUAAAGUCUCAAUUAGAGGCUUCAAGAUUACAGGUUCAAAAUCUUGAGAUGGAAAUGAAACAGGAGAAGUUGAGGCGGCAAGCAUUGGAAAAGGCUGUGAAAUUUCUUAUUGAACUACACGGAAGCAAUUUGCCACCUGAGAUUGCUGCUGUGAUGAAUGCAUUUGAUUCAGAUAAGGUGAAUGGACCAGUUUCACCUGGUGCAAGGCCGUCUUCCUCAGCUAGCCACGAUGCUCAAAACCAUGAAUCUGACAAUGAUUGAAAAUAAGAAUUGAAUUUUAAAGACUUUUAGAUUACUUUUAUAUUUAGGUGGAGCAAGAGUAGAGAAGGGAUGUUGAAGACUAUUUUAGACAAUUAUGUUGACCUGGAAAAUUGUUUUAUUUUAAGACUAACUUGUUUCUUAAAUACUUUUUCUAUGAUAUUAGUACUGGUGUGCUUAUCCUCGAAACUAGUUUCCUUGUGUGAA